AUGGGAAGCUUUGUUUCUUCCUGGCUUGUGGAGCUUAUAUUUGGCACUCUCUACCCCGCGUAUUAUUCUUACAAAGCCGUGAAAUCAAAGGACAUCAAAGAAUAUGUCAAAUGGAUGAUGUACUGGAUCAUAUUCGCACUCUUCACGACAGCAGAGACCUUCACGGAUAUCUUUCUUUGCUGGUUUCCAUUCUACUAUGAACUUAAAAUAGCUUUUGUAGCUUGGCUGCUGUCUCCGUACACAAAAGGCUCCAGCCUCCUGUAUAGGAAAUUUGUUCAUCCAACGCUGUCUUCAAAAGAAAAGGAGAUCGAUGACUGCCUUGUCCAGGCAAAAGACCGGAGCUACGAUGCCCUUGUGCACUUUGGGAAGCGGGGGCUGAACGUCGCAGCCACAGCAGCUGUCAUGGCAGCUUCAAAGGGACAGGGGGCCCUGUCUGAGAGACUAAGGAGCUUUAGCAUGCAGGAUCUCUCGACGAUUCGUGGAGACAGCAGCAGCACUGUUCCUCCUUCAGUCACUGUACGAACAAGUAGCAAACAGAGCCAGCCAAAAACAUCCAGAAGUGCAUCAGAAGGCACUGGCAGCUCAGUGUGCACGUGUUGCUCAGUAUGCCGACUCCUCAGAGGGGUGGACAAUAAGUACGAAAAGCCACCUGAGACAAACUGUGAAACAAAAGGCUCUGUGUUCUCAGAUGAUGAAGAGAAUGAUUCAUUGGAUUGUGCAUCCAUGAACAAAAGGCCCAAAAAGAAGGAUCAGCUCCUUGAGGCACCGCCUAGGAUCCUUAGACCUCGCUUCAGGAAGAAAAGUACCUCAUCCUCUGCCACUGAAACAAUGUGAGUGCAAUGAGCCAAUAGCACCAAGAUCCAUAGAAUGUCUCUCUUCUGCCUUAAAGAGCUACUCGUUAAUAACGUAGGAAACAGCAGUGGGAUGGAUGUGCUUUGAUGUACAGCAUUGUAGACAUGGUCUUUCUCUCUCCUCUCUCCGUAUCCUUCUGUUACACGCUUCUCACGUGUGUCCGUGACGUGGGUAGGACAGUCUGGCAGACACCUGCAGGUUAAGAGUCCUUGUUUGGUUUGCAGAGUGUACACCCGCUCACACAAAUCCUGUAAGGCUGUACAUUGUACGUUGCCAGUUCUCAUUUGUGUCUGCAUAGCUCUAGCUCCGUGAAUGCACAGCGGAAACAAAAGUCAUCAGUUGCUCAUGAUGAUACGUUGACAGUGUAUUUAUUUCUGGCUUUAUCAUUAAUGAAGUGGAUUUGCAGAAGCCAUGGAUUUCUCUUCCCUCCCUUCCUCCUCAAGAUUGCGAAUGAGGUAACUAAUGUCAAAGUACUUUGACUGUACAAAAUGUCCAA